CUACCAAAAUACUUAAUUUUUCCGUCGCUUAUUUCCUUCCUUUUCGCCUAACGCCGCUGCCGUACCCCUUCUUUGCUGCCUCCCCACCACUCCUUCGGGCUCUUUCUCUUUCUCCUUUCCUCUUGGGCAUCUCCCUUAUUCCACCCUCGUCCUUCAUUCUUUCGGGUUCUCUGCGCGUUACGGUGUGAACAUACUUGAGAGAUCGCGCGACAAGGCGGUAAACGGUGGUGCAAUAGUGGCUCGAACAAGCGAAUCGUGCGCGAUACUCGACGAACAAUGUUCCGUUUCUGCGAAAAACUGAAGUUAAUACACGUCCGGUACGAGAAAACACGAUAAUCGAAGGACGCCGUUCUAUCCGGCGAGGGUCGGUGGUGUAACACUGAAUAGUUUUUUUUUUGUUCCCCGUUUGUCUGUCGGUCGGUUAAUCGUUCGGUCCUUUGGGGUGAAUCGGUCGAUCGUGGUUGUAUAUUCGCAUACGUGUACCACGCGUACAAACCAAAGAUCCUGGUCCUCUGAGAUGAUCGAAUCGUUGGACGUGUUCGUGUCGUAUACUGAAAAACGUCCACGGAAAAAGACCGCGCGUUGGAGGUGAAUUUAUUGCGUGGUUCUGAGCUCGCACCGACCGUCUGUCUCUCUCGGAUUUCUCCGUGCGCGUCGUAACCGUCGUCGUCGCCGUCGUAGACCAGUUGCAAUCCCGUCCACGGGCACGUUCAAACAACGGCUCGAGUCCCGAAGACGGCAGACCGCAAUCGCGAAAAAAUGGGUGUCCGUUAACGCUCGAAAUGGAAGAUUUUCAUUCGAUUGACCGAGCUCAGUUAUUCGGCGUGUCGCGAGAGUGACUUUUUGAACUCCUUGUGGGACAGAACGAAAAGGAUAAAGGAAGACGGAGAAUGAUACGCGACAGCUUCCACGUUCCAGCGUAUGCGAGUGCUAAAACAAAGUUGUGCUCUCUGUCGAAUAUUCGCGGAUAAACAAAGGUUCCAUCGGAACGGUAAAUUCACGCACAUAAACGCUGAUUCGCGUGUCCGACCGAUCGAUCGCUGGCUACGAGGGAGCGAUUGGUUCGUACGUUUCAUCGCUCGCUAACACUUCGCCAGCCCGAUCGAUAGCGCCGAAAUAAUGUUUCUGUCCGUCGGGAAACUAUUGCGCUACGGAGUGUUAAUGCUGUUAUGGACCAGAUUGAGUUACCAGCAAGAAGAAGACAUUCCUCAUAACGAAGUGAAGAACUGGGCUUUGAAAUUUGGCGUGGACCUAUGGGAGUUUGGCAAACAAGUGACGAAAAUGGGCGAAAUACAGCGGAAAUACCACGAUAUGGAGGCCGAAGUCGUCAGGAAGGAUGGUCUUGUUCUAGUGCGAGAAAUGGCUGCCGAAGUGAAGAAUAUGCUGGACUUCAAGAUGAACGCUGUCAUGAGAUUAGUGGAAAGUGCCGAGCAGGCGGCCGUGUCCGCGCCAAGAGACGGAAAUAUGUCGCCAAAAUAUUAUGCCUCGCAACGUUUGGAGUCCUUUUCCGGGAAUGGAAAAACAGGAAACGGCCAAGACGCUUUUCUCGCCUCCAGUCGCCAUUUCGACCACCUGGCCGUGAACCUAACAUUGUCGACAGUUUUGCUGCCUGCAGGAGUUAAAGACGCCUAUCGCGAGGUAGCCGCCGGUAUCCAGUGGAGCGAAUAUUUGGAUUUACUGUUUGUUAAUAAUUACGAAAGCGACCCUUCGCUUUCUUGGCAGUACUAUGGAGCAACUUCAGGAUUUCUACGACGUUUUCCCGCAAUUUCUUGGCCACCAAUCGAGGAACGAGCAUCGGGCACGAGCAGGAGCGCCAACCGAGUGGUCCGAGACGUGUACGAUUUUCGAAUUUCAAACUGGUUCGUUGGAGCUGCGAAUAGUCCGAAAGAUUUGGCCAUAUUGAUAGACAUUGAGUGCUACGCAACCGAGAGGAACAAACGUUUAGCGAUAGCUACUGCCAAAACCAUACUUGAUAUCUUGGGUCCAGACGAUUACGUGAACGUUUAUCGUUACGGCGACACCGCGGAAGAAAUCGUUCAAUGUUUCAAGGACAAUUUGGUUCAAGCAUCGCCAGAGAACAUUCGGGAGCUAAAGAUUGCGACGAGCAUGAUGAAACACGAAGAAAUGCCAACGAACAUAUCGGCCGCGCUCGGGACUGCCUUCGAAAUUCUUCAUAGAUACAAUAGAACCGGCCAAGGGAGCCAGUGUAACCAAGCGAUUAUGUUGAUCACCGUUGACAAUGCUGGUCUACCCACGGAGGUGAUAAAACGAUACAACUGGCCUCACAUGCCUGUUCGUAUCUUCACGUAUCUCAUAGGAGGCGACAAGAGUCCGGAAUUGCGCAGCGCAGCUUGUGCAAACAAAGGAUUUUAUGCAAGGAUCACCGAUAUGGAGGAGAUCAAAAGUAAGGUUUUCGAAUAUGUAACGGUGCUUGCUCGACCUAUGGUGCUGUAUCAACACGAUCAUCCUAUUCAUUGGAGUCCAGUUUAUGUUGGUGGCAAGAGUGGUAGAUACGGCAAAGAAAACACCGGGCAGCUAAUGACAUCGGUUACAGCGCCGAUUUUAGAUCGUCGAAAUUAUACGGAGAAAACGGCCAAUUUGUUGGGUAUCGUUGGUACUGAUGUACCCGUAGAAGAAAUCCAGAAACUUGUUCCCCCUUACAAGGUAGGUGUCAAUGGAUAUUCCUUUAUCGUCGACAACAAUGGUCGUGUUCUGUAUCAUCCGGAUUUGCGACCACUGCCAGGAAAUGCAGACUAUGAAGAAACGUUAAAACCUACGUAUAUCAGCGUAGAUUUAUCGGAAGUCGAACUCGCGGAAUACGAUGGUCCGUUGCAUCCGUGGAACAAUUCCCUACUACUAGACCUGAGGCACGAUAUGAUCGAUCAGAAAGAGGGGGAGACCAAUUUUGCGAUAAAAAUUCAUUACGACGAUAUGAGGAGAGUUACCAUUAGACGGCACAAUUAUUUUUAUAAGCCGAUCGAAGGAACGCCUUUUUCGUUGGGAUUAGCGUUGCCCGAAGGUUAUGGCAUGUUCGACCUGUUGGCCGAACAAGAAAUCAAACACGCCAUAAUACACGUGACCGAGUACUUUAAAGGAACUAAUUGGAAGGUGCAUCCAGAUUGGGUGUACUGCGAAUAUAAUUCGCCUUCCGAAAAAUGGUUCGUCACCCCGGAAGAACGCGUUCUGCAUUUUUUGGCACGAACGCGAAGACCGGGGUGGAAAUGGAUGUCUUUGAGACCAAAGAGUCCGAGCUCGCAUCACAAACAAGCGAGCAAGCCCGAUAAAGAUUCUUAUUUCUGCGAUAAAAAAUUAGUGCAAUCUCUCGUGUUGGAUGCUUUGGUCACCGACGGUUUCGACAAAAGAGGUGCGGUGCACAAAGAGGAAAAUCAAAGCCCUAUUGCCAUACUGAUGGCUCUACUGCACAGCCAAGGAAAAAGCAGAUUCGGUCUCACGCGGACAUUCAUCGCAACGAGAAGCGGUCUUUUCCGUUGGCACGAGCAUCAACAAAACGAAAGCAACGACGAACCUGUUGGUUCGACGACGACGACGGCGAUACACCGCUGCAAAGGAAAAUCGUAUUGUUUGCGCAGACCCUUUGCCCAGAAGUAUGCAAGAGCUAUGGAUUCGUCUUGGUACAAACGCGCAGUGGAUCAGCAUUCGAUAGAACCGGAUAGUUUUGUUUUCAGCGUGCCAUUCGAUGUGGCCGACAACCCCAACCCUUUAGUUACCGCCACGCACGCUGUAUUCAUUGGAAAAGGACACAAAGCACCAGCCGCGGUCGUUGGUCUUCAAUUUGAACACUCUUCGUUGGCUUCCCACUUUGUCAACAUCACUUCUACGUGCAGUGGCAUGAGCUGUAAGAAGAACUGUGCUUCCGAAGAACUAGACUGUUAUAUCUUGGACAAUAAUGGAUUUAUCAUAAUCAGUGAGCGUCACGAGCAUACUGGAAAGUUUUUUGGUGAAAUUGAUGGCACCAUAAUGGAUUCUUUGGUUCAAGACAGGAUUUACAGAAAAAUAACCGUUACCGACUACCAGGGCAUUUGUAGCCCGCAGGAGUCUCAUCAAUCGGCAGCGUCAAGAAUAGUUCCCCAGACUCUAGCUACGACCAUCGCAAUACUCGGAAAUUUCCUUUGGAACAUUGCAUUCGGUUUUAAUUUGCGGCAAGUUGCUUUCGCGCUCGCCGGCGAACCUGUACAAACUGCGGAUGACGAUUUGACUUUCACCGACACGGACGAAGAAACACACGAGUUCGAACCAAUUGGGAGCGCAGAUGCGACCGACGAACCGUCCCUGGACGAAAAUGAAGCGUUUCCCAGGAUUCCAGCGGUCGCUGCUACCUCUCCUGCCUCUCCGGGAACAACACGAGCCACGUCUGCUUAUUAUCCACAGAGAAAGCUGAGAACUUGCGAGAAGAAAACGGACCUUUAUAUUCUACAACCGGAGAGGCUCAACACCAGUGGACAGAGUAAUCCCUUAAAAGGAAAAUUAACCAACUGUCAUGUGACCGGGUGCGAAAGACCGUUUAGCGUGCAAAAGAUACGGCAUACGAAUUUAAUCCUAUUAGUGGUGGACACGUUGUGCCCGUGCGGAAGCAAACAACUUAGCAUCGAGCCAAUAGAGGCUCUGACCGAGCCAGGGGCCUGUACCGCGAGAAGAGAACGCCUGUACCGUCGAAGACCCCCUAAAUGCAUAAACUAUCAUCCGGAGGAAAUGGAGAUCAAGCUUUGCGGCGGCGCAAGUCGCCCUUGGAAUUUCUCUUUCUCGUUGUUCAUCGCGAUUAUUUCCAGCGUUCUUACGACGCGACUCGCGUGACUUCGCUCGGAUUAAUUGUACACACAUUCGCAAAUUAUCUUUUUGAAAUGAAUUUAGCGUUGUCGUUUCUAUGAAACAGUUAUAAAAGAAAUGGUAUACUAGUUGAUCGGUUUAAUAUACCUGUAUUUGACGAAUACAAGCAUACGAGCGAAUGGGGAGCCGCGAGUGAAUGAGUAUGCGUGCGCGUGCACGUAUGCGCGACUAGAAAAAGGGAGAGAAAGACAAAAAAAGUCACGCGCGUAAAAUGUGUGUGCGCGGAACAUUCAUUAACCCACGCGUACAUAUACACAUGGCAUUGCUCACUCUAUGUGUACGCAGAUAUUCACACACAUGCACACACUCACGUCUACGCGGGCACGCGUGCGCAUGCACGAAGACGUGUACAUAUACAAAUACAUAUAAUAUUAAUGUUGAUCUAUGAUUACUACAUAUCUCAUUAUAAAUUCUGUUGCGAGAAAACUUGUGAAUAUUUCCUAAUCGUAUUACGUCGAAUCUGAUUCCUAACGACUAACAGAGAGCAACGACGAGACCGUGCGUACUCGCGAUACGUUCGAAAAGUGGGAACGAUGUACAUAAAUGUAUAUCGAAACCUGAUUGUCUUGGCCGAACCGAGAUGUUUGGUUAUCCUUUUCGUCCAGAUGUUGCGUCGAAUUAAAGCAACCAUCGUAUUCGUUUCCAAGAUGAUCGAUAUCGGUUAACUAUUUCGUUGUUUCUAUAGCCAUUUUUUGUCCAUUGGAUCGGACGAAGAGUCUUCUCAUUUUGUUUUAUCCAAGUUUAAGCAUACGCCAACCGACAAUACGAAUAAUCAACAAUCAUACUUUUUAUUUGAAGAACGUCUCAAACAUUGAGUAUAAGGUUUUAUGUCCAUGCAUGAAAGGACAAUGGAAGAAAAUUGGCCAAUUCUGGAAUUAACUGGCAAUGAAAGUUUUGAUAAUUAUUUAGAAGCUUGGCCUACCCAUCGAUUUCGAUAAUUUUAAGCGUUGUCUUAUACAUGCAACUGUUGCUAGGCCUUAAUUUCCGAAGUAUUACCAAAAUACUUUUACUAAUAACACAGUAAUGCAUAGCUACCUUUUCACGAUUCAUUUCCCCUCCGCUAAUCUCUUCUACUCAGCGUCUCCAGCUCAACGAAACCUGACCCAAUGUAAAACAAAUCCAAGCACCACAUAAAUCACGAAUAUUUUUAACUAACUUAACAUAUAUAAUGUUAAUAUACAUAACGGAUUUGUAGUUUUCGAUGCAAGAUGGCCAAUUUCUACUAUUGUCCUUUAAGCAGAAUAUAAUCACGUUAUGAUUAAUAAACAUCGUCUACCGAUAAAAAGACAAGACUUUUUGUCCAACCCAAUUUCAAUAUUGUUCAACGACGAAUAGUUUACAAAUUGUACGUUGCAUACGUACGGUGGACAGCGACUUGGAUCGAGUAUGUCUGUGUCCUUCCGUCGAUAGUCCACAUGCUAUUAUGCAUACAUCAAGGACGAUUAGUUAAAAUUGUAGCAACGAUGCUACUUAAUAAAUACGAAACUUUAUGUGACGUUAAAAUGGCCUGAUUCCAAGGGUGGUAAGCUUACGAAGUGAUGCACAACAAGUUUACAACACUUUUGCUCUUCGAAGAGUUUACGCUUUAAUGUAAUUAACGACAUAUGGCGAGCCUCGCCGACGUAUAGCGCCGUUAAAAUUGUGAAAAAUAUCUUUCUUCGUUGUUCCAAAUUUCAGAUCGUUAUUUUAUCGUACACUGGCUUCGAAAAAUGCUUGUCUAUACAACAGUACGAACCGAGUCUGUCCACUUCCAAGCACUCGAUGCGCAAACUAAUGUGAUAAUAAAGGAGGAUGUUAAAAAAGUGCCAAAUUUGUACGCCGCCAGGCACCUAAAUUAACUAUAAGGCAACAUUCUACAGAUUCUGCACUUCGAAUUAUGCACAAUUGUUUAUAGCAAAUAUUUUGAAGAAUAUUUGCAUCCAAAUACAUUAUCUUAAUCUGUUGCGUUUUAUUGUUACUAACCAACAAUCUGAGCAACAUUUCUUUGCAUAGUAUAUAAAUAUUGACUUUUCUUUACAAAAUAGCGUCGGAAUUGUUGCGUUCUAUGCAUUCACUUCGAAGUUAUAGUCCUUUGAAAUCAGAAAGUUAUGAUUCGUCUUUCGUAGCAUCGUCAACUUCAACUACAUUUUUCAUGACUUCCCCAUUACAUUUGCUAUAAACAAUUGUGCAUAAUUCGAAGUGCAGAAUCUGUAGAAUGUUGACUUAUAGUUAAUUUAGGUGCCUGGCGGCGUACAAAUUUGGCACUUUUUUAACAUCCUCCUUUAUAUUAUCAGUUAUCACUGAUCUUAAAACAACUAAACUUUAACUAUAAAUGAAAAUUGAAAUAUACGCCGUAUAGACAAGAAACGAGCGUACAUUCGUAAGAUGAACAUAAAAAUAAAUUAAUUUCAGUCCUUUAACAUUGUGAGCUGUAAUUCGGACAACUGUAAUUCAAGUAUGCUGUGUUUCAAUUAUAGUAAUCAUUAGUAUAGUCAGUAAUUGAAUAAACUGAAAAGGUUGAAUUAUGUAAUUCAAUUCUAAUUAAACCAUGUAAUUGAAAUACAAUAUAGCUGAGUUAUCGCAGCUCUAUUACACUGUCAAUGACACCCAUUUUGCGCAUAAUCUGUUUGGGAAGGUAUAUGUAUACUACUUCUCUCGUAGUAUCGUACAGCUGCAGUAUAAUGGACAAAUUAUUUUGAAGCCAGUAUUCUUCAGAUAGGAUGUAAGAAAACUUAAACAAUUACGAGGAAGGUUCGUUCGAAGCGGGUCUAGUUCAUCGUACAGAUUAAAGUUUGUCUUUGAUAGGAAAUUAUAGUACGAGCCUGAAGAAUUUUCAAUUUUACGUCGGUCAGGCUGCACAAUUACGAUGAUCGUGCAGUAAAAUAAUCAAGCGGUAUCGCGCAUCACAUCGAGUUGGACAUUCAAUUUUUGCUUCCAAGUAUUAGGCCAAGCCUAUACAUAUAUGUAAAAUGCAUUAAUUGUAUUUAUUUUGUUUGUACUUUACAUAUCAAAACGCGCCGUCGAAACGACAUCAUACAACGUUCCGCGGUUCGAAUUCUAAAUUGUUGCUUACAGCUCUAUGAAAACAUAUCUUUAUCUCACAAUGUGGAAAAAAAAAAUGUCGGAGAACAAUAAACAGAGAAUCGAUGUGGAAUAUUGCGCGAAGCUUGGAGCAACGAAAUACCGAAUAGGAAGCAAAGUGUAACGUAAUAACGAUUUCUUUUUAUUAAAAAUAAGAGAACGUAUAACGUAAUACCUUUACUAAAGAAAUCAAUUAUAGUUCACAAAGAUAUUAUGCGAUACCACGCGUGGUCAGUGACGAACGACGAUGUACGUGUAUUUAGUACUGACAUAGUAAACGUAUAUUCGAAGCGUAUUGCAUUCGGUACGAUUAUCGAGAAACGUGCAAUAAAAAUAGGAAGUUGGUUCGAGUGAAUCGAAGGUAUUAGGAAAUGAAAUGUACGUAUAUCUAUACGUUAUAUAUAUUACUACGUCAUGUCGGUCGUCUCUACUGUACGUGUACGUAUCGCAAAACGUCGCAGGCGUCGUAAAAUUUAAGAUGCUGCGUAGCCUAAGCAGACGCUAACGUGGAAUAUAAGAAACGAAUCAAAUUAAACUAAAGGUUAUAAUAUUCUAUUACUAUGCAUCUCGACGUUUGUUUACCUAAUUCAAUAAUUAGUACAUUCGUUUACGAAUUUGCGAUUUAAAAGCUGCAACGCUUCGUGUCGCCGCGGCACCGCGGCGAGUUACGCAACGAGGCUAUCGAAAUAAAUUGACUCGACGAAAUCUAAGAUUUACGAACGUUUUAGGUAAGAGAACGUCUUUUCGAAGAAGAGCACUUCUAGGUGCUGCAAUGUCUUCCAUUAUUUGUAUAUCGAUAAUAAUGUCGAUUGUAAACAUAAAACACGCACCAGUAUGCGCACACGUGUAUGCAUACGCAUACGCGUAUAGGUGUACACGUACCAAGCAUGUUCCUUAGGUACGUGUACGCGUAUAUGACCGUUAGGUUAUUAAACACUUAAAAUUAUGUAACUGAAAUACGGCAUAAUAUUAUAUAAUAAAAUCUAAA